CUUAUUGCUUCCAAAUUGACACUGCAAUGACGAUACGAUAAAAACUGAUACAUAAUUAGUUUAUCCAGUAUAAAAUUAGAAUUAUGUUCUAGUGCUUGUUAUUAUCAAAUGCUUAUUGCUACCUAAUUGUAAGGUAAAGCCAAAUUAACUUCAGCAAAGCUCACUGCCACAGUGGCUUUGUUAAAAAGGUUUAAUGCAGGUCAAUAAUCCUGGCGAGGCAGAUUUCAAUCAUCGACUCGUCUAGAUUCCAUCGGCGGGCGGGAUCAUUGAUUGAUGUUUCAGAUGCAAGCGGUGAAUUUUGUGCCGAUGUCGCAACCGCCACCGCCGCCACCGCCGCCGCCGCCGCCCUCCUCACAAGCUAUCGACGACUGUGGCAUUAAAGAUGUUUGGAAUUAUAAUCUACAUGAGGAAUUCCAUAUUAUCAGACAGAUUGUCCAGAAAUAUCACUGGGUGGCCAUGGAUACAGAGUUUCCAGGGGUGGUGGCGAGACCAAUUGGUGAAUUUAGAUCAACUGCAGAUUAUCAAUAUCAAUUACUAAGAUGCAAUGUGGACUUGCUAAGGAUUAUCCAACUUGGGCUCACAUUCAUGGAUGAAAAUGGCCAAACUCCAUCUGGAUACACAACCUGGCAAUUUAAUUUUAAAUUCAGUUUACAGGAAGACAUGUAUGCACAAGAUUCUAUUGAUCUAUUGCAAAAUUCUGGUUUACAAUUUCGAAAACAUGAAGAAGAAGGAAUUGAUCCAUUAGAAUUUGCAGAACUUAUUAUGACCUCAGGUUUAGUGCUAAUGGACAACAUCAAAUGGCUAAGUUUUCAUUCUGGAUAUGAUUUUGGCUACUUGUUAAAACUUUUGACUGAUCAAAACUUGCCAUCGGAAGAAAAUGAUUUUUUCCAAAGUCUACGCAUGUACUUUCCCACCAUAUAUGAUGUCAAAUACUUAAUGAAGUUAUGUAAGAAUCUGAAAGGUGGAUUACAAGAAGUAGCUGAUCAGUUGGAGUUGCGCCGCGUCGGCCCCCAGCAUCAAGCAGGAUCCGAUUCACAUCUCACUGGCAUGGCUUUCUUCAAAAUUAAAGAGAUAUUCUUCGAUGACAACAUCGAGAACUCAAGUGGGCACCUGUAUGGAUUGGGCGCGCCAUUCUCCGCUACCGCCAAUAACUUCCCCGACGGUGGCGACGGAAAGCCCUCCUGAUGCGCGGCCGGCGGCCCCGGAUGUCCCGCGGGCCAGUCACGCAGUUUCAUCGUGACCGAAUAAAAACUGAUUCUGUAAACUGAUUCAAUAAUAAUUAUUUCUUCCAAAACAUUGUCAGUGAUUAAAUUGAUGACACAAUUUAAAAAUUGUAAUUGUAAACAUAUUUAAAUUUAAUGAUAAGUAAUAUAUGUUUACUUAGACUUUUAUGUGCGCAAAAAGAAUUACUUGGUUACUGAUAAGGAAAACUGUCUAUUGUCUGAUAUCAUUAUCGACAUUUUUUCAUAUUCAACAAUAUGCCCCAAAAUGGAGCAACAAUUAUUUACUAGGAAUUCAUUUACACAUGAAUAUAUACAACUAAUUACUACUUAUUA